ACAGCGCUGUGCACAAGUGUCUUUUGGGGCCACUAGUGCCAUGGUCUUUCUGCGCCGGCGCAGAGCCUGUUUCAUUGCCAUUUGCUUGAUCUACCUGAGCUGCUUGUUUUGGCACAAGGCAUCCGGCUUCACUGGAAACCCUUGCUCACCGGGCGCCCGGUGCCCACGCAUUGCUUCAGCAGCCGAGCCGGAAGAGUCUGAAGAGAGUGCUGCACCAAGCCUGGAUUGCAUCGCGCCCGUUGGUCCUUUCUGUCCCUUUCGUUCUUCUGCUUGCGCUUUCGACAGUGAGCUGGGGAAGGGCAUGACUGAAUUGACUUCUUCAUCUCCCGAGUUUGCGGUUGAGAUGAGCCGAAUGCAGCUUGACAUGCGCAUAGGCCGCGAGCCUGACCCUAUCCGGAUGCAAAAACUGGCAGAUGGCCUGGAAGCAUCUCACCAGAAGUGGGAAGGCCUUAUGACACGUCUUCAGCUCAGCAGUGACUUCCAGAGUCGCGAGUAUUUCAAGCUGGCAAUGAGCCAUUUGGAUGGACGCACACUUGCUGACCUUGGGAAGAUGGUGCAGUAUCAAGUUGAUUGCAUGCGGGCAGUUGCUCGAGGCCUUGUGCCACCUGCACCGCCACCCGGUUUGGAUAUGUCACCUCCAAAAGAAGGCUUACCAUCUGCAGCUGCGUCACCACCUAUGAUUGAGGCAGAGCCAUUUGACAGCUCUGCGUUUACCAGUCAGGUCGUAAGGGAGGAGUAUGAUGCUCUCCGUCGAGAUCACCGACAACUUAUUUCAAUGGGCGAAGGCUAUGGGAGUUUUGAUCCAUUGGGCAAGCUGGCCUUCCUGGAUCAAGUAGAAAGGGUUGAAGAACGGUGGGAUAUUUUUUUUGGACGCUUGGGAUUGAUUGGUGCCUUGAGUGCUGACUACAGACAGCAAAGCUCAGACUUCCUGAGCUCGAUGGGUUUGUCUCCCGCUCAGUUUCGCAAGCUGCUCAAGCGAGCACACAAUCAAAUGCGCAAGGAUGCGGAAGCUGAACGGAGCUGAGUGAGAGAAUCAGCUUUGGGCUGUAGGCUGCCGAAGAAUCUUGAUGGCAUGUUUCAACUCGUGUAUAGAAUGAUUUUAACUCAACGUAUUUCAUCGUAUUUCAUGUUUGCGUGUGUUGUGCUUCAAAGCGGGCAAUGUGGU